GGAAGCCGACGGAUCGUGGACGUGAUGGAUGUGAACACACAGAGGGGUGUUGAAAUGAGCAUGUCUCAGUUUGUGAGGUACUAUGAGACACCAGAGGCGCAGCGCGAAAAGCUCUACAACGUCAUCAGCCUGGAGUUCAGCCACACGAAGCUGGAGAACAUUGUCAAGCGACCCAACGUGGUGGACUUGGUUGACUGGGUGGAUAAUAUGUGGCCACAGCAUUUGAAGGAGAGGCAGACGGAUGCUACCAAUGCUAUUUCAGAGAUGAAAUACCCCAAAGUGAAAAAGUACUGUUUGAUGAGUGUGAAAGGAUGCUUCACUGAUUUUCACAUUGAUUUUGGUGGCACUUCAGUGUGGUAUCACGUUUUCCGUGGGGGGAAGAUCUUCUGGCUGAUUCCGCCUACUCUGCAGAAUCUAGAGCUUUAUGAAGAAUGGGUUCUCUCAGGAAAGCAAAGUGAUAUCUUUCUGGGAGACAGGGUGGAGCGAUGCCAAAGAAUUGAGCUGAAACAAGGCUAUACCUUCUUCAUUCCUUCAGGGUGGAUACACGCGGUUUAUACUCCAGUAGAUUCUCUGGUGUUUGGUGGAAAUAUCCUGCAUAGCUUUAAUGUUCCCAUGCAGCUUCGCAUCUAUGAAAUUGAGGACAGAACAAGGGUGCACGCCAAGUUCCGGUAUCCCUUCUACUAUGAGAUGUGCUGGUAUGUUCUGGAGAGAUACGUGUCCUGUGUGACCCAGCGCUGCCACCUCAGCCAGGAGCACCGGAGGGAAUCAAUGGUCGUUGAUGCCAAAAGAAAGCGCAGCACAGACAGCUACUCGUCAGAUUCGUGGUUAGACAUGGAUGAAGAGUCUUGUGAUGCCCAUCUCCAGGAGGAGAAGGAUGGCGGCGUGGACAAGAGCCCCAGAGCCUUGGGGGACGGCUCCUCCUCCCCCAACAGCACCCACUCGGAGGGGAAGGAGGGCGCAGGAAGAAAGCAGAAAGCCACGAUAAUGAGGUACCUAAAAAGAACUUUGUCUAAUGAGUCAGAUGACAGCAUCAAAUCAACGACCCCCACGGACUAUCCCAAAACACCAACGGGGUCUCCAGCCACAGAAGUUUCAACCAAAUGGACUCACCUCACGGAGUUUGAACUGAAGGGUUUGAAGGCCCUGGUGGAAAAGCUUGAGUCUCUCCCAGAGAACAAGAAGUGUGUUCCCGAAGGCAUUGAAGACCCGCAGGCUCUGCUGGAGGACAUGAAGAAUAUCCUGAAGGAACAUGCUGAUGACGACCAAAACCUUGCCAUUUCGGGUGUCCCUGUGGUCAGCUGGCCCAAGAAGACCACAAAG